AAAGUACUAAUCUAUAUGUCAGUCAAGGAUAAUAUAAUGAUGAUGAAUGUCAAAACUGACGUUUGAAAAGGCUGACUGUUGAGUUGACUCGAUGAUUACGAUUGUUUGGUAAUUGAACUAGUUACAAUGUCGGAUAACGAUGACGACUACAUGUGCGAAGAAGAAGAAGAUUAUGGUCUUGAAUACUCUGAGGAUAGUAACACAGAACCAGAUGUUGAUCUAGAAAACCAGUACUACAAUAGUAAAGCUCUUAAAGAAGAUGAACCACAGGCAGCUCUGCUUAGCUUUCAAAAGGUUCUGGAGCUGGAAGGUGGAGACAAGGGUGAAUGGGGCUUUAAAGCUCUCAAACAGAUGAUAAAAAUUAAUUUUAAAUUGGGUAACUUCACAGAAAUGAUGGCGCGAUACAAACAACUGCUCACUUACAUAAAGAGUGCGGUCACCAGAAACCACUCAGAAAAGUCUAUUAAUUCUAUCCUCGAUUACAUAUCGACUUCUAGAAAUAUGGAACUAUUGCAAGACUUUUACGAAACGACACUUGAGGCAUUGAAAGAUGCGAAAAAUGAUAGACUCUGGUUUAAAACAAACACAAAACUUGGCAAGUUGUACUAUGAUCGUGGGGACUUUAAUAAAUUGGCCAAGAUAUUGAAACAAUUGCAUCAAAGUUGCCAAACAGAUGAAGGUGAGGAUGACCUGAAAAAAGGAACACAGCUUCUGGAAAUUUAUGCGCUUGAGAUACAAAUGUAUACAGCUCAAAAGAACAACAAGAAGCUAAAGGCACUCUAUGAGCAGUCUUUGCACAUUAAAUCUGCGAUCCCUCAUCCACUUAUCAUGGGAGUCAUUAGAGAAUGUGGCGGAAAAAUGCAUUUGCGCGAAGGCGAGUUCGAAAAAGCUCACACGGAUUUCUUCGAGGCAUUCAAGAACUAUGAUGAGUCAGGAAGUCCCAGAAGGACCACAUGUCUUAAAUAUUUAGUAUUAGCUAAUAUGCUCAUGAAGUCAGGGAUCAACCCAUUCGACUCUCAGGAAGCAAAACCUUAUAAGAAUGAUCCAGAAAUAUUAGCAAUGACCAACCUUGUGAUGGCGUACCAGAACAAUGAUAUUAAUGAUUUUGAAUCUAUCCUCAAACAUAACAGGAAUAAUAUAAUGGACGAUCCAUUCAUCAGAGAACAUAUUGAAGAUUUGUUAAGAAACAUUAGGACCCAAGUACUCAUAAAACUGAUCGGGCCCUACACGAGGAUACACAUACCUUUUAUAUCUAAGGAGUUGAAUAUAGACGAGAAGGAAGUUGAGAAUUUAUUAGUCACAUGUAUUUUGGAUAACACGAUCAGCGGGCGCAUCGACCAGGUGAACGCCGUGCUGGAGCUGGCGGGCGGCGCGCGCGGCGCGGCGCGCUACCUCGCGCUCGACAAGUGGACGGCGCAGCUGCACGCGCUGCACCACGCGCUCGCCAACAAGAUGGCCUAGGCGCCGCCGACCCCGACGUGCUAAUUCACCUGGAGAUCGAGGACGACAUUUCAUUAUUGUUUCUAUACUGUGUCUCCGCAGUUCGACUUGUGAGUGAUUUCGUUUGCAUAAAAUGAGACUGAGGACUAAAAUGAGGUUUGCACAAAACGGUUUUCCUGCUCCCUUUGAGGUAAUUAGCACAAUCCGUGUCACGUGUCGAGGGUGACGCGUCCCGCAUUAUCGAGCGAUUCGAUUUUCAAACGAGAGUCAUUGCUCGUGCACCGGUACGAGAAAAAGUUUCGAGUCGAAUGGAGGUUUCGAAAAAAUAUCGUUUAAUAUAUAUCCACUUUUUUAAGCUUACUAUAUAAUUUGAGAAAAAUCAAAAGGCAUUUGUAUAUAAAGUUGUUUUGGCGCGUGAAAAGUCCCUUUGUAAAAAGUUUCUUCUGUAAAAUUGGCCAAUGAUUCUGUUUUGAAAAACAUUGAAGCAGCAAGUCAAUAAAGUUUUUAACACAG